UGAGCGAAGGGAUUAACCCAAAAAGUGCUUGUUCCCUUCGCGAGCUGACGCUGAUCACCUUCCUUCCUUCCUUCACACUGUCUUCCCAAUCGGGUUCUUGGCGAGGGUUGGAGAGCAAUGGCGACCGUACCCACCAAGCCCUGGAGGGUGGAGUACGCGAAGUCGGCGCGAUCGUCGUGCAAGUCCUGCAAGAGCACCAUCGACAAGGAGAAGCUCCGGCUCGGCAAGAUGGUCCAGUCCUCCCAGUUCGACGGCUUCAUCCCUAUGUGGAAUCAUGCUGAUUGCAUUAUGAGGAAAGCAAAUCAAAUAAAAUUGAUUGAUGAUGUUGAAGGCUUAGAGUUGCUUCGAUGGGAAGAUCAACAAAAGAUCAGAAAAUAUGUGGAGAGUCGUGGUCCUCCAACCAAAAAUGAUGUACCUUCAACCAAAAAUUCCUCCACUGACUCAGAGUGCAGCAUUGAAGUAUCUGCAACUUCUCGUGCAUCCUGCAGGCAGUGUGGUCAAAAGAUUAUGAAAGGGGAAACACGGAUAUCUAAGAAGCCUGAUGGUCAAGGAGUCAGGGGCUUGGCAUGGCAUCAUGCGCAUUGUUUCAUGAACAUGUCUCCAUCUAUCCAACUGGACAAGAUAAGUGGAUGGGACAGCCUUUCUGUUUCUGAUCAGGCACCACUAAUAGACUUGGUUAAAAUCGUUCCCUUGGCAGCAAAGAAUGGGAAAAAGCACGAACCACAAAAGAAUGAAGAAAUUGUGCAAGAGCCAACCUCCAGAGCUGGAAUGAAGCGUAAGAAAGAUGAUACUGGCGAGCAGAAGUCAAAAGCAAUCAAAACUGAAGGAGAUGUGUGCACAAGUAGGGUCGCCUCUUCAAAGAAUGUUGAUCAUGAAGACAUAAAAGUGUCUGAAUUAGAAAGUAUACUCAAGGCCCAGACCAAAGAGUUAUGGGCAUUGAAAGAUGACCUAAAGAAGUAUGUCACAACUUCUGAGAUGCGUGAAAUGCUCGAAGCAAAUGAUCAAGAUUCAACAGGAUCUGAACUUGAUUUGCGUGACAAAUGUGCUGAUGGGAUGUUGUUUGGAGCACUAGCUAGCUGCCCAGUUUGUGCUGGUUCCCUUCGAUACUCUGGUGGCAUGUAUAGAUGUCAGGGGUAUCUGUCAGCAUGGAGCAAGUGUUCUUAUUCUACUCGAGAACCAGAACGUGUCCAAGGGAAAUGGAAAAUCCCAGAAGGAACGGACAAUCAAUAUCUGAAAAAGUGGUUUAAAUCACAAAAAGGGAAGAAGCCCAUUCGAAUUCUUCCACCACCCUCGGCUGCCAGUCCCUUAGGAGGUCAGCUUGCUGGUCAGUCUCAAUCAGCAAGAAUUGAAAGCUUGGGAGAUCUAAAAGUUGCUAUUGUUGGAUCAAUGAAGGAAUCUCUUACUGAGUGGAAAUCAAAAAUUGAGGAAGCAGGCGGGCAAGUUCAUGCCAAGAUUAGGAAAGACGCUAAUUGCCUAGUUGUUGGUGGAGAGCUGGAUGAUCAAGAGGCUGAGAUGAGAAAGGCUAGGAGGAUGAAAAUACCAAUUGUUAGAGAGGAUUAUCUGGUUGACUGUUUUAAGAGACAGAAGAAGCUUUCAUUUGAUCUAUAUAAAGUUGAAGCCCUUGGCAAAGCUUCAGGUGUAGUUACUGUCAAAGUGAAAGGGCGAAGUGCUGUGCAUGAAUCGUCUGGGAUGCAAGACUCUGGUCACAUCCUGGAGGAUGGAAAAAGCAUCUAUAAUACUACUUUGAACAUGUCUGACUUAUCAACCGGUGUAAACAGUUACUACAUCCUCCAAAUAAUCCAAGAAGAUAGAGGGUCAGACUGUUACGUUUUUCGCAAAUGGGGUCGAGUGGGGAAUGAAAAAAUUGGAGGAAGCAAAUUAGAGGAGCUUUCAAAAUCAGAUGCAAUCGAUCAAUUCAAACGGUUGUUUCUUGAAAAGACGGGGAAUCCAUGGGAGGCAUGGGAGUCAAAAGAGAAUUUUCAAAAGCAACCGGGCAGAUUCUACCCUCUGGAUAUAGACUACGGAGUCAGCAAACAGGUCACAAAGAAAACUCCAGAUGAUGCAGAUAGCCAACUUGCCCCUCCAUUAAAAGAACUGAUGAGGAUGCUUUUUAACGUGGAGACAUAUAGAGCUGCUAUGAUGGAAUUUGAAAUCAAUAUGUCCGAAAUGCCGCUUGGAAAACUGAGCAAAAUUAACAUAAGGAAAGGUUUUGAAGCAUUAACAGACAUACAGAAUCUAUUGAAUAGUGGAACUCACGAUCCAUCCGUCAAAGAAAGUUUGCUUAUUGAUGCUAGCAACCGAUUUUUCACAGUGAUCCCCUCUAUUCAUCCGCAUGUUAUCAAGGAUGAAGAUGAUUUUCAGUCCAAGGUGAAAAUGUUAGAAGCUCUUCAGGACAUUGAAAUUGCUUCUAGACUGGUUGGCUUUGAUGUUGAUAAUGACGAUUCACUUGAUGAGAAGUACAAAAAGCUCAGAUGUAACAUUGAUCCCCUUCCUCAUGAUGGUGAAGAGUAUCAGCUGAUUGAGAAGUAUCUCCAUAAGACCCAUGCACCUACUCACACGGAUUGGACUCUAGAAUUGGAGGACGUCUUCUCACUUGAACGUGAAGGGGAAUUUGAUAAAUUUGCUCCCUUCCGGCAAAACCUAAGGAAUAGAAUGCUUUUAUGGCAUGGUUCUCGCUUGACAAACUUUGUAGGUAUACUCAGUCAAGGACUGAGAAUUGCUCCUCCUGAAGCUCCAGCAACUGGCUACAUGUUUGGGAAAGGAGUAUAUUUUGCUGACAUGGUCAGUAAAAGUGCCCAGUAUUGCUUCACUGAUAAGAAAAAUCCUGUUGGACUAAUGCUCUUGAGUGAAGUUGCUUUGGGAGAGGUCUAUGAGCUUAAGAAGGCAAAGUAUAUGGAUAAACCCCCAGAAGGCAAACACUCUACUAAAGGUCUAGGCAAGAAGAUACCCCUGGAGUCGGAGUACUUGAAAUGGAAGGAUGAUGUUAUUGUUCCCUGUGGCAAACCAGUAUCUUCUAAUGUGAAAGCCUCUGAGCUUAUGUACAAUGAGUACAUUGUUUAUAAUACAGCUCAAGUUAAGAUGCAAUUUUUGUUGAAGGUGAGGUUUCACCACGGGAGGUGAAGAAGCAGCUAAAAGUGUUGGUUGCUUGCUUUUUGAAUUUUUAUGUAGGGUGGAUGUAUAUAGCACCUAGUGGUCUAUGUGGUUGGAGGCUCAGUUUCCGGUUUGUUUGACACUUAUACCUGUUAACCACUAUUUUCAUCACUGUCAAGAUCUCAUUUUGGGGUUUGGUGGAGAUCUUCAACCUUCCUCUCUUAGCUACGAGUAUGUCAAGUUUCGGUCUUAGCUCUGUAACUGACAUUUGCAAGUGAAAAAGUGUCGUGCCUUUAUAUUA